UGAAACCCUGGAGAAAGAUUUGAAUGAUAUGAGCAAGGAAAUUAAUUUAAUGUUGUCUACAUAUGCAAAGAUCUUAAGUCACUGUUGUUGUGAUUUACACCUUCCUCAGCGAGUUUCUCCUUGGCAUAUUCAGUCAAGCCAGCCCACAUUUCUGUUCAUGGAGCAGCAUUGACAUCUUCCAUGUUCUAUUUGAGACCCUGUCAGAAGGAUGUAUGGGGGAGGACUUGUGGGACAGUGUUUAUAAACUCUAUAGUAGUGUAGUAUACGGUAAUGUCCUAGGCCCUCACAUUCACUCACCACUCACUGACUCAACCAGAGCAACUGUCAGUUCUGCAAGCUCCAUUAGUGUGCCCAGCACUUUGUUGGAUAAGUAAAUAAUUCAGAGAAAGAAGAUAUUCCACCUUGUUGAACUGAUCAUUAAAAGCUACAUGAAUAGCCCUGGCUGGGUGGCUCAGCUGGUUGGAGCGUUGUCCUGUACACCAAAAGUUAUGAAGAAGUACACGGAAAGUGGUCAUGAGACAAAAGCGAUCUUUGGUAAGCAGGAGAGCCUUCCCUGUAUCGCACCGCUGGUAACCACAGUGGAGGAGACGCCACAGACCAUCUCUGCUGAAGUACAAGGACAUUUUCCCAAGUGGCUCAGUGGCUCGCUACUUCGAAUUGGACCUGGGAAGUUUGAGUUUGGGAAGGACAAGUACAACCACUGGUUUGAUGGAAUGGCUUUGCUUCACCAGUUUAGGAUGGAGAAGGGCACGGUGACAUAUCGGAGCAAGUUUCUACAGAGUGAUUCCUACAAGGCCAACAGUCUUCAUAAUCGAAUUGUGGUCUCAGAAUUUGGCACACUGGCUCUCCCUGACCCAUGCAAGAAUGUUUUUGAACGUUUCCUGUCCAAAUUUGAAAUGCCUACAAUAAGUGACAACACCAAUGUCAACUAUGUGCAGUACAAGGGUGAUUACUACGUUAGUACCGAGGUCAACUUUAUGAAUAAAGUGGACAUUGAAACCCUGGAAAAAACAGAAAAGGUAGACUGGAGCAAAUUCAUUGCUGUGAAUGGAGCAACUGCACAUCCUCACUAUGACCCAGAUGGAACUGCAUACAACAUGGGGAACUCCUAUGGGCUACAUGGUUCUUGCUAUAAUAUUAUUCGGGUUCCUCCAGAGAAGACGGACCUUGGGGAUACAAUCCAUGGAGCCCAAGUGAUAUGUUCCAUUGCUUCUGCGGAGAGAUUGAAACCUUCUUACUACCAUAGCUUUGGAAUGACAGAGAACUACAUAAUCUUCAUUGAACAACCUCUCAAGAUGAAUCUGUGGAAAAUCCUCACUUGUAAGAUUCAGGGAAAGGCCAUUUCAGAUGGAAUAAGCUGGGAACCCCAGUGCACCACACGGUUUCACGUGGUGAAUAAGUGCAGUGGAGAGCUUCUUCCAGGGAAAUACUGCAGUAAACCUUUUGUUACUUUUCAUCAAAUCAAUGCUUUUGAGGACCAGGGUUGUGUUGUAAUUGAUCUGUGCUGUCAAGAUGAUGGAAGAUCCCUAGAAAUUUACCAACUACAGAAUCUUAGGAAAGCUGGGAAAGAGCUUGAUCAGGUCUAUAAUUCAGCAGCCACAUCUUUCCCUCGAAGGUUUGUUUUGCCCUUGCAUGUCAGUUUGGAUGCCCCCGAGGGAGAGAACCUCAGCCCCCUGUCCUAUUCUUCGGCCAGUGCUACAAAGCAGGCUGAUGGCAAGAUUUGGUGCACUUAUGAGAAUCUAUAUCCCGAGAACUUGGAAGGAGGUAUUGAAUUUCCCCAGAUUAACUACGGCCAAGUCAGCGGCAAAAAGUAUCGUUUCUUCUACGGCUGUGGCUUUCAGCAUUUGGUAGGGGAUUCUCUGGUCAAGGUUGACGUGGUAAACAAGACGCUGAAGGUUUGGAGAGAAGAUGGCUUUUAUCCUGCAGAACCUGUUUUUGUUCCAGUACCAGGGACCAGUGAAGAAGAUGGGGGGGUUAUUCUUUCCGUGGUGAUCACCCCCAACCAGAAUAAAAGCAACUUCCUCCUCGUCUUGGAUGCCAAGAACUUUGAAGAGCUGGGCCGAGCAGAGGUGCCCGUGCAAAUGCCUUAUGGGUUUCACGGCACCUUCGUACCCACCUGAGGAAGAACCAGGAGGUCUGGGGCCUGGGUUUAAAAUGAAUGUGCUCUGCACAAGAGAGACCAAAAGGGGCACCUUACCUUCCAAACCAUAGAAAUUUAACCACAUUUCUAUUAAAAACAGACUUCAAGAGAGAACGGUGGUUUUCUAUUUUCUUAGGGCUCUUCCUUGAAAACAUUAAGCAAGUGUUGCUACAACCUUUUGAAGAGAGUUUUAAAUUUGUAUUUACUGGAUACAUCUUCCUCUAGGUAACGAGAAUGCAUGAAAGAAAACCAGAACGGGAUAGGUGGUGACAGAGAUCCUCACACCUGGCAGAAGAAAUACCAGUAGUCAUAGGUAGUAGAAUACAGAUCUGAAAAGCACCUGGUUUGUCCUGUCACAGCCUGCCUGUUACCACUGGUCCCCAGGUGCUCGCAGAGUACAGGAAGCCAGCUGUGUCAUGUUCCACAGCUUCUUUUAGACUGGCUGUCCCUGCAGUCCAUAGCAGACGCCACUGCAGUUGAAC